AUGUCCUCCGUUCGUCCUGAAUUGAAGUUCUCUGAUGAUACAGAUCAGAGAUCAUUCUACUACAAAUAUUACAGACUUCCAGAAAAGUCGCAGAGAACCCUGAGGGUAGCCGAUAAAGGGGAUUACUACUCAGUGUUUGAUCAAGAUGCUGAAUUUGUUGCUGAGCUCAUUUACAAGACACAGUCAGUUGUCAAGAAUUCAUCCAUCAAAAUCUCCGGAGUGGAAAAGAAAACGAUCCAAUAUUUGACCUUAUCACCUGCUGUUUUUGCCAGUUUAGUCAAGAUUGUUGUCAUUGAUAUGGGAUAUAAGCUUGAAAUAUACGAUAAGGAUUGGUCUAGUUUCAGAAUGGCCUCUCCGGGAAAUUUGUCCGAGAUUGAUGAAUUGAUAAACACUUCAGAGUUGAGUUCUGUUUCUAUCAUUGCCGCCUUGAAACUAGUCAACUCUUCUCAUCAGGGAAAGAAAAUCGGCCUUAGUUAUUACGAUCCUAACAGUAAGAUUAUCGGAUUGUCUGAGUUCCUAGAUAACGAACUCUAUUCAAACUUGGAGUCCAUUUUAAUUCAAUUGGGUGUCAAAGAAUGCCUAGUUCCUGACAAUGCAGCCUCUAAAGAUACCGAGUUUGAGAAGGUCAAGCAAGUCAUUGAUCGUUGUGGUAUGGUAAUCUCCGAGUUCAAGUCUUCAGAAUUUAAUGUCAGAAAUAUAGAGCAGGAUUUGGUAACACUUACUGGGGAUGAGCACGUUCUUUCGACCAAUGAGAUGUCCAGUUUGGAGACUUCGCAGGCCUGUGCCAAUGCCUUACUGUCAUAUCUCUCUUUGCUUGCAGAUGAUGCUAACAGAGGGUCGAUCACCAUUUCAAAAUACAAUCUUGAGCAAUUCAUGAAGUUGGAUUAUGCCGCUGUUCGUGCCUUGAAUUUGUUUCCGCCUCCUAAUUUCAGCAAUUCCAUGAACAAGACCUCGUCAUUGUUUGGCCUCUUGAACAAUUGUAAGACCGCAGGCGGUACUAGAUUGCUUUCACAAUGGAUAAAGCAGCCUCUAGUCGAUAUAAAUGAUAUCAAUAAGCGUCAUUUGUUGGUUAAAUACUUCUUUGAUGACAUGAGUCUUCGUACCAAUAUUCAGAAGGACUUUUUAAGUGAUGUUCCCGAUAUCACCAAGCUUCUUAAGAAAAUCAGUGCCAAGAAAAAUCGAAUGACUCGUUUAGAUGAUGUUAUUCGUCUUUAUCAGAUGUGUCUAAAGUUGCCUGUUUGUAACGAAUUGUUGAUGGGUUCCCUCGAUUCCAUCAUGAGUGACAAUCAAGACGAGGCGCAAACAACCAAAGAGUUGGUUCAGUCAAUCUGGAUCAAACCUAUUUCCGAGUACGCAAAGAUACUUCAGACUUAUCAAGCAAUGAUUGAGCAAACAAUCGACCUUUCAUCUCUUGAGGAUGCUACGUCUGCAGGCGCCAUGUCUAACUCUAUGCUUUCCAUUAAUCCCGAAUACGAUGAGAAUUUAUUGAUACUAAGUGAGAAAUUGAAUAAAGUCAAAAAGUCGAUGAAGAACAUUCACCAAGAUACCGGUGAAGAGUUGGGCAUGGAAUUGGAUCGUAAGUUGAAACUUGAAGACCAUCGUAUUCAUGGAUGGUGCUUUAGACUCACCCGUAAUGAUGCUUCUUGCAUCAGAGGUAAUCGUCAAUUCCAGGAGUUGAGCACAGUGAAGGCAGGUGUAUUUUUCACUACCGUUGAACUAAGCCGAGUCAGUAAAGAAUUCGAAAGCCUUAAAGAAGCAUACGAGUCUUGCCAGCGUGAGAUCGUCGAUGAAGUGGUCACUACAGCAGCAACGUACAUUCCAGUGUUUACGAAACUUUCCGUGGCCGUUUCCAGUUUAGAUGUUUUGGUUUCAUUCAGCCAUGCCGCAGCAUUUGCUCCUACAGAGUAUGUGCGGCCUAGGAAGAUGUAUGGAAUCAGCGACGAGUCUAGAAUUAUGGACUUGAAAGAGGCCAGACAUCCUUGUUUAGAGCAACAAGAAAAUAUGAUGUUUAUCGCCAAUGAUAUUUACCUGGAGAAGGACAAAGAUGAAUUUUUGAUCAUUACAGGCCCCAACAUGGGGGGUAAAUCCACCUACAUAAGAACCGUGGGAGUGAUCGCUUUGAUGAACCAGAUUGGCUGUUUUAUUCCUGUCAACAGUGAUUCAGAGAUAUGCGUUAUGGACUCUAUAUUGGCUCGUGUCGGUGCCUCCGAUUCCCAGUUGAAGGGAGUGUCUACAUUUAUGUCUGAGAUGCUUGAGAUGUCGUCUAUCCUUAAGACUGCUACAUCGAACUCGCUUAUUAUUGUGGACGAGUUAGGCCGUGGUACUUCUACGUACGAUGGCUUUGGAUUGGCUUGGUCGAUAUCUGAGUACAUUUCAACAAAAAUUCACGCAUUUACCAUGUUUGCAACUCAUUUUCAUGAACUCACUACAUUAGCAGACAAAGUACAAACCAUAAAAAAUCUUCAUGUAGUGGCCCAUGUGGAAGACGUUAGCGAUGCUGCCAUUAGAGGAUCCAAUGAUAACAUCACCUUACUAUACAAGGUGGAGCCGGGAGUCUCAGACCAAUCAUUUGGUAUCCAUGUUGCCGAAGUCGUCAAAUUUCCAAGUAAAAUCAUUCUUAUGUCAAAGAGGAAAGCCCUCGAACUUGAUGACUCCAAGGAUGGAGAGGCUAGCAAGCGCUCACAUUUCUCCGAUGACGACGUUUUGAAAGGAAAGAAAGACCUAAAAGCUGUAUUGAAAACAUGGAAGAGAAACGUAGAAAAAAUGGGAGGCAUACAGAAGUUGACGAGCGACGAGGUUGUCGCAGAGCUCAGAAAGCUUGUCAAAGAGGAUUAUAAGGACGCAUUUCAGAACAAUCCUCUUCUCAAGGAUAUUCUAGCAUUAUAA